AUGUCGAGAAGAUCCAGUAGGCGCAGCACUCCCAGCGCUGGGGGCAGCAAUCGUUCCAAAGGUGGCACUGCUGUCAUAGCAACCACCGACAAACAAAGCCAUCGCAAAUCGAACUACAGAUCGCAACCCGCGGCGAUGGAUCGCCGUCGCCUGUCAGCAGCGCAUUCCGAUUCGUCCCAGGAACCGAUGGAUAUAAGUUCCUCCAAUCGGACAGCCAGCAGUACCGAUACGAAUAAUUCUUCCCUGAAUAAUAACAACAACAACAGCAGCAGUAGAGGACUGUUGAGCAAAACGGCGACGUCGGUGAGUGCCGAUUCGGACAAUGUCGAUUCGGAUGAGGACCAGCGUCGGUCGAUGCAGCAUCUGUUUCAGGUUCGUCACAACGCCCGCAGCGAGAACCUGCACCAGGUGAUGGACAACAUGUUGCGGCGCAAGUUUCACGGUUUGAACAAUAACAAUUACGGUGGAAAGCACAUGCCUUCGUCGGUGGUGGGUACGACCCUGCUGCAGCAGCACCUAGCGGCAGCGGCCAACGACAACAACAACAGCCAAACGGGCGGAACAACGCUGGAGCUGGAUGGUGGUAAGAAGUACGUUUGUCCGAUCUGCGAAACGGUUUCGGCGACGAAGCACGACUUUACCGAGCACAUCCGGUCGCACAACAACAGCAAGUCGGGCUCGGGCGAUCGGGAUAACGGCGAGGGUGGCCAGUUUGUGUGUAAAAUUUGCUCGAAAGUGCUGUCGUCGGCUUCGUCGCUCGAUCGGCAUGUUCUGGUGCACACGGGCGAGCGUCCGUUCAACUGUAAGUACUGCAAUCUGACGUUUACGACGAACGGCAACAUGCACCGGCACAUGCGAACUCACAAACAAUCGGAGCGGGAGAGCUAUGAGAGCGAUGGGUCUACCGAUAGUGGUGGCAGCAGUGCUGCCAGCAGCGGGAUGUCCAACAAUAAUAACAAUAGCUACAAUAAUAACUAUGAUGGGGAGGGCAAGCGGAAGAAUUCGGAUGAGAAUGUGCACUAUAAGAGGAAGAUUCGUACGAUUAAUAAUAAUAAUAUCUUGGAUGGGAGUGUUACGGAGGGGGUUCAGAAGUUCUGCUGUCCGGUUUGCGUUCGGAAUGAUUUCUCCAGCAUGAUGAGUUUGGAGAGUCACAUGGAUCGUGAGCAUCCGCACAUUCCGGCCAAGUGUCGGCACUGCGAGAUGGUGUUUAAGAGCUACAAGGCGCUGAAUGCCCAUCGCUGUGGAAACAACAACUAUCAGAACAUAACGCCCGGCUUUAAGGAUUUAACGUUUGUGGACUUUUCCAGCGAAAAGUUUCCGCUGAUAGCGAAGAGUGUCUGCGAGCAGAGCAUCCGGACGCCCGUCACCAGUCAGAAGUUUGAAUGUUCGAAGUGUUAUCGCGCGUUUCCCUGUUCGAAGACGCUUGAGAUGCACGUGAGGGAUUGUGGGGUGUCGGAUUACAGCUCCCCUGGCGGCGGUGGUGAGAAGCGCAAGUGGAAGACUAGUGAAGCCUCGUCGGAGGAUGACCUAAAACGGGAUGAUUUCUUCGCUAAUCUCGACCUGCAGAACAAAUCGAUGUCCACGAACUUGUCUUCGAACGUUUCGGAAGCACCCACAACGCCAUCCUCGCUGGACAAGUCCUUUUCCUCGCCGAUUAUGUCGCGGGAGAUUAAGCAGGAGCCAAACUACUACCACCACAGCGGUGCCAACUAUCCUCCCCAGCAGGAUACCAAAGAUCUCGCCGACAUUCAGUCGAUCAUCAACGUCACCUCGUCCGGAGGAUUCUUCCGACAGCUGGACAAAGACCCCUACCCACCCAUGAAGGACGAAGAGGAAGCCCAGGAUGCGUUCACUGCCGAGUUCCGCAAGAUGAAGCUCCGAGGAGAAUUUCCCUGCCGUCUCUGUACCGCCGUUUUCCCUAAUCUACGAGCUCUGAAAGGUCACAACCGCAUUCACGUGUCGGCGGCCGGCCUGGGGCCGUACCGUUGCAAUAUGUGCCCGUACGUGAUUAACGACAAGGCAACUCUGAUCCGGCAUAUGCGAUCGCACAACGGCGACCGGCCGUACGAGUGUGCCCUCUGCAAUUACGCCUUCACCACCAAAGCCAACUGCGAACGUCACCUGCGGAACCGUCACGGCCGUGCCACACGGGAGGAAGUCAAACGCGCCAUCAUCUACCACCCGUCGGAGGACUCCUCCUGCGAAGAUCCGCUCAAGAAAAUGCAAAUGUUCAACACCCCACCCGGAGACUUCGAUCGAGAUGUGGACGUCGAUCAUCCCUCGGACCGCAGCACUCCGGUUUCGCACCUGAAGGAGAUGCUGAUGCCCAUCCCGAUGAGUCUAGUCACCAAAAUCGAUAGUACUCCAAUGCCUACAACUCCGGCCAAAAUCCAGGUCAAAAGCCUGGAAAAGCUCAACCAACUAACGCCACCGCAGGAUCAGGACUACGAAAAGGAAGCCCCACAGACCCCGAUCUCCCAACCUGCAGCAGCAGCAGUGGACACAGCCCGUCCAAUGGAUCUCAGCAUGGAUGUGUUGGAUUUAAGUAAGAAACCAGAACCGAUCAUCCGUCGUGAGCAUGAUGCCGACUCGGAUCACCCCCGUUCGGACGCGGAGGACGACGACGACGAACGCCCGGAUGAUGACGACGCCGAGGACGAAGACGAAGAGGAACAGCAAGCGGCCAAAAUCCCCAAGCUCGAUCUCUCCCUGCUGGAGAAGAACCAACAACAGCUCCAACUGAUGCAGCAGAAGAUCCUCUCGGAAGCACUAGCUAAAAUGGACCCCGGCCACUAUUUCCAGCUCAGCCAGCUGUACAGUCGCUUCAGCUUCCCGGCGGCGGCAGCCUUCCCGCUGCAUCCGCUCUUCCUGCAGAAUCCGCUCCUCUGUGCUCCGGGUGCCCUCGGCGAUCUGAAAAACUUCUUCCCCAAAGAGUUCCCCAUGUUGCCACAAAUGUCCGGCGGUAGUCUCAUCGGAAACCCGUUCCACUCGCCCGCCGAAUCGCCGAAAAGCACCUCGGACUCCACCUGUGGGCUGCCUCCACAGCCACCAUCCGCCACAAAACACGCUCAACAUUCGCCACAAACCAUGCCAAACGCUGCUUCCCAUCAUCAGCAGCAACAUCCGGUGGCGAAGCAACUUCCACCGCAUCCGCAUGCGCAUCAUCCGGCAGCGCCGGCACCACCCCCACCGCCGCCUUCGUUGUCUCUCUCCGCCACCUCUAACCCCUCGUCCGUAUCGUCGAUGUCAUCGAUCCCGCUCGGUAACGGGCCCGUCAAAAUGGUCAUCAAAAAUGGCGUUCUCAUGCCGAAGCAAAAGCAGCGUCGCUACCGAACGGAGCGGCCAUUCGCUUGCGAACACUGUUCAGCCCGGUUUACACUGCGCUCGAACAUGGAACGUCACAUCAAGCAGCAACAUCCGCAGUUCUGGUCUCAACGGCAACGCGGUGGCCAUCACAUGAUGCGAGGUCGUGGCCAUUCGUCACACCAGCAGCAGCAGAGUCAUCAUCACCAUCAAUCGAUGGCCGCUGCGGCGGCAGCUGCUGCCGCCUUUGGCGGAAUAUCCGACCAGGUGAAGUACGCCAUACUGGCUCAACAAUCGGGCAAAGCUGCCGGUCACCAUGCGGCCGUUGGCCGUCCACCAGUUGCGGCCGAUGCUGCCAGCAGCAUGCUGCAGAAUAUCAUUGCUCAAGGACAGAAUCCGUUCGGCGGAUCGGCGCACCACGCUGCUGCCGCCAUGGCGGCAUCGUCAAGAGCCAACAGCCAUCACACCAACAAUGGUCACGGACAUGGUCACGCACCACCGCUGGUGGAUGAGGAGGAAGAGGAGGACGAACGCGAGUUGGUGAUUGAUGAGGAGUUUCAACCGGAGGAUUUGAGCAAGGGGAAUGAGUCGGAUCAGGAGCUGCCGCAGCCGGUGGCUGCCCGCAAUCAGGAGAGUCCCGUGUUUCAGCAUAAGAUUCUGAAGCAGAAGCUGGAGGAAAGCAAGGAACAGCGGCAGCAGGCGGCGAAGGCCGUUGCCGAGGGAAUCCUCGAGCAGGCGAUCCGUCAACGGAAGGAGGUGGAAAAGGAGAAGGAGCCCACGGCAAAGAGCUGCGACGAGAGCGAUCUGGUGUCCGUUUCGAAGCUCGUCGACAACGCCACCAACGUGGCCUUCGAGAACUAUUUUAGCAGACCUGACGUGCCGCUGUCGCAGGAUCAAAGCGACGAGGAGGGCCUGGUGGCUUCGGGAUCGGCCUCCGAAAGCAACAACUCCGGUACGGAUGACCCGAACCCGUCCACCCUUCAGCAGAAGAAAAAAUCCGCCUACAGUCUGGCGCCGAACCGAGUCAGCUGUCCGUACUGCCAGCGGAUGUUCCCCUGGUCCAGCUCCCUACGGCGUCACAUCCUGACCCACACCGGUCAAAAGCCGUUCAAAUGCUCGCAAUGUACUCUCCUCUUCACCACCAAAUCCAACUGCGACCGUCAUCUGCUGCGAAAGCACGGUGACGUCGAGUCGGCCAUGUCCAUCCCGGUUCCGAUCGACGAUCUGCUCGAUCCAAAGCCGGAACCAAUCCCGGUCGCCGUUGCCGAAGCCAUUGCCAAAUCGAAAAGCACACCACCAACUUCUCGGCCCGCCAGUCCGAAGCCGCCACCGCCACAAACCCCCGCUCAACCGCCAACGGCGGUCAAAGAUGACGACUUGGAACCUCACCUGCCACAAGAAAAGGACGAACCCGAGGACGACGAAGACGAAGACCAGCUCGAGCCGAUCCCAUCGCCGGAACCUUCCCCGACGACGGUCAGAAUCAAAGAGGAACCGCAGGUUCCCUCGGAGGAUAACUCCUCCGCCCUGCCGCCGGCAAUCAAUUCGGACCUUCCGUUCAAGUGUCACCUGUGCGACAGCUCGUUCGUCGAUCGGGUGUCCUGUCUAGAUCACAUCAAGCAGCAUCACGUGCACGAGUUCGCCCUGCUUAUGAACAAGGUAACGCUGGAAACGGAAUCGGAAGCCCCUUCGGCCUCGCCGGACGACGACGAAAGCGGUAACAAUGGCGAGGGUUGUGGUCGGGGUGGCGGAAAGUAUCCCGACUACGCCAAUCGGAAGGUAAUUUGCGCCUUCUGUCUGCGUCGCUUCUGGUCGACGGAAGACCUGAGACGGCACAUGCGAACGCACUCGGGCGAGCGGCCGUUCCAGUGCGACGUCUGCCGGCGCCGGUUCACCCUAAAGCACAGCAUGCUGCGCCACCAGCGCAAACACAAGUGCUCCCGGCUGAACGGACAGACAUCCGGCGGCGGUGGGUCGACCGCCAACGGCGGCUGUGGCGGUAAAUCCGAUUUCAGCGAUGACGAACCGGACACGGUGAUCCCAACGCCGGCGGCACCCUCGAUCGCAACAACGACCCGCUCGAAGACGCUGCUCGGCGGCAGCAGCUCGGCCGACCUGAUCGGCAAUCUGCUGGGGAUCAGCGACCAGGGCAUCCUCAACCGGAUGCUGCUUGGGUCCGCCUCGGAAGCGGCCAAACUGCUCGGCGUUGAAAAGUGA